UAUGGUUAGGUGUAUAUUUAGUUACCUUCAUUAUAGCCUAGGAUCUUUGUAUAUAUACACAUGUUGACAAAGAUUAAUGAGGCAGAUUAUUACCUUCUUACAUGGUAUCAGACUAGGGCACGAUUCUGCUCAUCUCUCUUCCUCCAUCUCCACGUCAACCUCAUCAUCUUUCUCCUACAAUCAGCCACUAUGACUGAUUCCUCCUCAUCUGACUCCACCAAGUCCUUCUUCCACCCAGCUUUGGCUGUCUCCAACAUCAAAAAUCACAUCUCCAUUACUCUUGAGAUGGAAAACGUCCAAUAUGGGACAUGGGCGGAACUCUUCAAAAUCCACGCCAAGUCCCACAGAGUCCUCCACCAUAUCAUUCCACCGGAGUCCGGGAAAGAAAAGGUGCCCAAAAUCGAUGCUGAAAAAGAGUUAUGGUCGACUCUUGAUGCCACGGUUCUUCAAUGGAUUUAUGCUACCAUCUCUACUGACCUAUUGCAUACUAUCCUUGAACCCGACUCCACGGCCAUGGAAGCUUGGAAUAGGCUGCGUGACAUAUUCCAAGACAACAAAAAUUCUCGAGCCGUCACUCUUGAGCAUGAAUUUUCUCACACUAAUAUGGAGGAUUUUCCUAAUGCUUUCGCGUAUUGCCAACGACUCAAGAUUCUAUCCGAUCAACUGAAGAACGUCGGUGCUCCAGUCUCUAACAACCGCCUCGUCCUUCAAAUGGUAGCCGGACUCACUGAUGCGUAUAAGGGGGUGGGUACACUCAUCCGUCAAAGCAAUCUUCUUCCUCUCUUCUAUCAAGCCUGUUCCAUGCUCAUUCUUGAAGAAACAGGCUUCAACAAACAGCUUGCCACGGGAUUCGCUAAUGCCAUGAUUGCUCGGGAUUACGACGAUAAUCCUCUUCCGGGAAAUAACCACCCAAACGGUCAGAAUAACAGUGGUAAAAGGCAUCAAAACCGCAGCAACAAUGGUGGAAAGAACCAUGGCAGAGGCGGUGGCAAUAGGGGGAUCAACAACCGAAACAGUGGUGGUUUUGGUGGUGGAUGCGGCGGUGGCCCGACACCCGCGACCGGCGACAACGGUGGCAAGAACCUUGGAUGGGGAACGCACAGCAAUGGCAGUGGCCCUACAUGCCGUGGCCUGUGCCUCCUUAUCCGAUUACCGGACGGGGAUGCAUCUAAUGAGAUGUGA